AUGCUGCUGGCACCGCUGAACAUGCCUCAAUGUCAACGGCUGGCAAAUGCAAAAGGGCUUAAAAACAGCAAGAGAAUUUUGUGCCGGAAAAACAUAGAACGGCUCUGCAGCAUAAAACUUUCAUUCUCUUCAUUUCUCCGGAUGGAUGUUCUUCUUGGCAUUUUCUCCUCUUUUCGCUCUAUCUCACCACCCACCGAGUCGCCGCUAACUGGCCAAACUGGCUGUCAAGCAGGUGCGUCAUUCGGCAGCCAGGAGGGGCGGGAUGGAACCCGCGUCCGGGCUGGCGGCCGGGGUGAGUGUGAGUGUGAGAGUGAGAACAGCCCCGCAGGUCCCGAGGCGCUGGCUGGGGACUCUGCCGCGGAAAGUUCCCAGUCCCCAGCCGCAGGUAAUGGAGAGGGAAUAGAGAGGUUCCCUGUUUGCAUCAGCAAAUGCGAAAACAUAAUAGCAACAACAGCGGUGUCCUCUCUCCGGAUCGGGGUUUCCAAUGACGCUAACAUUCUUUUUCCUUUAAGUCUUUUUCCUAUGCCACAAUAUAGAAUGGUCCCCUGCGGCUUCCUGGUAAUGAAUGACCCGAGAGUAACACCGCCACAACCUGCGAGAAAAGGAGAGCCCUUUACCCAACCCCGAGAUCUGCAGGAUUGAAAUGAAAUAUUUUGAGCUCUUCCAACUGACUCAUCAGAAUUCUGGAGCAUUUUUAAAAUGACGUGUGUUUGCUUCUUAUUUGACAAUGAUACAGUCAGCAUAAU